AUGUUCUCUGCACGAGCAACCCGAGCAGCCGCCCAGCGCGUUGCCCGCCCUCAAUCUAUCCGAACCCCAUUCCAAAGACGCUUUGCCAGCAGCGAGAGCACUUUCACCGGCGCCGAGAACAACGCUUUCAACCGUGAGCGUCAGGCUGUCAAGGACCAUGCUGCCGCUACCAGUGAUCUCUGGAGGAAGUUGUCAAUCUAUGCUACGAUUCCUUGCUUGAUCAUCGCAAGUGUCAAUGCUAAGAUCUUGUGGGAUGAGCAUUGGGCUCAUUGGGACCACAUGGAGCCUUUGGAGGAGAGACCUGAAUACCCAUAUCAAAACAUGAGAACUAAGAACUUCUUCUGGGGCGACGGAGACAAGACACUUUUCUGGAACGAGAAGGUCAACUACCACAAGAAGGAGUAG